UCGAGCUUUGGUCAUCAAUUGUUCGUUGAAUGUCAGGGAGUAAAAUAAGUCCCCUUGAACUUUGCUGUUUUCUGAAUUUCCAAACAGUGAAAAAAAAUGUUUUUCUUCUUAGGGUGAAAAGCUAAGAUGAUAAAGAAAAUUAUACAAUUGAUAUUGGUUGCAACCACAUGUGUGAUGUUUGAGGCGUUUAUUGCACACACAGUCGCCACAACCGGGUUUGAGAUCACCUUAACACAGGAGAAGAUCUACGAAAGACUGGAAGGAUUUAAACUGGUUGGACACGUCACUGAGACCUUUUUUGCUGAUGAAUUUGAAUGUGGACUUCGUUGUCUGACAACCGAAGGGUGUUUAUCAUGUAACAUUUUCUCUGACGGAAAAUGUCAGCUCAGCAACCUUACGUGGCAGUCGAGUCCAAAUAACCUAAAGGGUACUGUGAGCUCAACGUAUUACGGCAAAGAUAUACGAGGUUGGUUUUCGUCAAGACCUGCUAUUUCAUGCAAACACAUUGUGGACGCUGAAGACUCAAAAGGAAAAGGAGAAUAUUGGAUCGAUCCCGAAAAUGAUGGAAAUCCACUAAAAGUACUUUGUGACAUAUCAGAUGACGGCUAUUUAAUCGGUUGGCAUCAUCAGCAUCCUGGCCAUUCUUGUAGGCACAUUUUAGAAUCUGGUGGCUCCGGAGGAAAAGGUGUUUACUGGAUUGAUCCCGAGAGAAAUGAACAGCCUUUACUUGUGUACUGUGAUAUGACUACUGAUGGUGGAGGUUGGCUUCUUGUUUCUAACUAUAUGAUUACCGGUUCAACUGCUGAAGAUGGAGUCAAACUUGAAGGAUCUUACCGUAAAAUCUCCGAAUAUUACACCGAGAGGAUGGCACUCAACUUGAAUGCCAUGAAAGAACUAAAAGAGUUUACGAAUUUCACUCAGUUGAGGUUCUAUUGCAGUAAACCUGGGGUUCGAACGCUUAACCUGGUCACAGCUCUCAACAGCACUGGUGAAGCUGUAGUCCAGUACUUCAGCGGUCAGACAAAUGUCCAACCUGAUGCCUGUGGUUCAUUCAUAAGAUUGGAUGAUGACAACUCCAAAUUAGCGCAGUCAUGCCACAGGUGGGGUAAAGGAAAUAAUAAUAUCUUCUAUGUUGGCAAAUAGGGGAGAGGAAAGUCCCAAACAAGAUUGAUUGACUUCCCUAUCUUUGAGUACAGUGCAUUACGUUGGUCUCUUUACCACCACUCAGGCAAGUUUGACUGCGACGACAAGGGCGGUGCGGCCAUACCUGGAAGUUUCUGGCAAGUCUUCGUUCGCUAAGAGUUCUUUUGUUUUAAUCAUAUAAUUUCAAACAAAAUUUGUGCCACAGCUGCAAAACCAUUCAGUGUUUUUUAUUGCAAUUCGAUGUUGGGAACCUGAGUAGCUCAGAUCGUGUGCAGCCGCUUGGCCGUGGAAGGUCUGGGUACAAGGGUAUAGCUCACCAUAUCCUAUCGGUGAUUUUACGAGUCAUAUUUAAUUAUCAUUUUUAGGAAAGUUAAAAGAUAUUGCAUAAGUUAAGUUAUUAAACAGACGUAUUAGUGUGAAUAACGAAAACGCCUUUCGAUCAGUUUCGAUUGAUUGUCUCCUCAUACAUCCAUCUGUCUGUCAUAGACAUUUUUUUUUUGUCCCUGCCAUCAAAUCAAUAAAUAUUUCGUCACAGGUGGCUCGAUCUACCAGUGAUAUGUAAAAAGUCUACUUCUUGCAAUAAGAAUCACUCAUUACUGAUUCAGUCAGCCGUUAAUAAGGAAGUAGUUAGUUUUCUCUUCCAUAAAGUUAAUAACAUUACACUCGGUUAAAAAUGUAAUGCUUAUGAGCAAUGAUAAUGUAAAUGAAAUAUGGUUAUUUUCUACAAAGCUCACUUUAUUGAGAUUGGUAGAAAGCAUAAAAAUUGGAGUGGGCAGUCUUUUCUGUUUGCUCCAUAUUGUAAACUGAGUAUGUGUUCAGCUUUGCAACAUUACUUUGUAUGUGUAAAUAAAUCAAACAAAGAGACAUAAACAGAGGUCACUAAAUUUUUCCACUAAUGCGUCUAAUAAAAGUUGCAUGAUUCAACAAAAAUAGUUUUCAGCAUUUGGCCAGGACUAGUCAAGAAAUAGAAGCAAACCUAAGAGUUGUUCUGUCCUCAGUUGUGAUCACCCUUUAGCUGAUACACAUCCACUCUUAUGUCUUUGAAUAUAUUGUACAAAACGUGUUCUCUACCGGCCAGUAGAACUUGACUUCAUCUAAAAUACUUUUUCACCUUUUGCGAUAUAACCAUUGUAAUCUUGUAUUAAAAUUCUGAUUAUAAGACACUGAGUUACACAAAAAUGUAUAUCCAACGUAGGUUUCCUUCGGGAAAACUUAUAGCAUCUUCACAUUGGUGUUGUAUUUUCGAGUUUAUCCCAAGUGCUUCAAAAGACAUC